GCCGGCCGCCGCAGUGGUGUCGGGCGCGAGUGCGCCGCGCCCGCCGCUCCCGCCCCGCUCCCCCGGCACCGCCGCGACCCCCGGCACCCCCCGAUCCUCCUCACAAGCCCCCCCCCGCCGCCAGCCCUCCCCCUCGCACCGCCAUGGCCGACGAGCUCGACUUCACCACGGGCGAUGCCGGCGCCUCCUCCACCUACCCCAUGCAGUGCUCGGCGCUGCGCAAGAACGGCUUCGUGGUGCUCAAGGGGCGCCCCUGCAAGAUCGUGGAGAUGUCCACCUCCAAGACCGGCAAGCACGGCCACGCCAAGGUCCAUUUGGUUGGUAUUGAUAUCUUCACUGGUAAAAAAUAUGAAGAUAUUUGCCCAUCAACUCAUAACAUGGAUGUCCCAAAUAUCAAGAGGAAUGAUUACCAGCUGAUAGGCAUUCAGGAUGGGUAUCUCUCCCUGCUGACAGAAAGUGGUGAAGUUCGUGAGGAUCUAAAGUUGCCAGAAGGGGAUCUUGGCAAAGAAAUAGAAGGAAAAUUCAAUGCCAAUGAAGAUGUGCAGAUAUCUGUCAUAAGUGCAAUGAAUGAAGAAUGUGCUGUAGCCAUAAAGCCUUGCAAGUAAAGAAGAUCGCCAGGCUCGGGCACCUGCUCAGAACGUAGUUUGUUACAGUAGAACUAAACUUCAGGCUAUAAAGAGACCUUGUUGAGGAUAUUUCGAGUAUCCACGGGAAUGUCACUGAAGGUGUGGAUCUGGAGCGAUCACAGCUCGGCUGGAGGUGGGCGGAGGCUCUCCAGCACCUGCACCGUGGCCCUGCAGUAUUUGGCAUCCGAGAGUGACUUGGUUUGUUGAACUCCAAGGAAAUGUUUGCUGUGCUUUGCUGUAUCGCAGACCCCUUUGUCCUGUGCUGUGUGUUGUAAGCGAACCUGGCUGCUGCUGCUCCCGGGGCCUCUCACUGCUCCUGGGGCAAACCCGGCCCUGCAGCCGCGAGAUCCGGGCGUGGCGGCAGCUCCGGUGUCUGUUCGGGAAGCUCUGUUACUGUUCUCAACACCAUGGAAACGAUCAGGGGAAAGAUUUGUACGUGUGUGUGUGUUUUGCUCCAGAAAUAAUAAAGGUGUCAGUGCUGUGGGGA